UACAACACACCCUCUUAGAUCACCGCUUCGUCGAUUUUCAUCUGGGUGGAGUUUGGGAAUCGCGUCUAUAACCAUGGGGGGUGACCAUGUGGAUGAUGUUGCGUUACCAGACUCUUCAACUUCACCAGCGCCAUCUACCCCCGAUGAUCUAAGUCAGGACCUCGUGAUGGGUCGACUAGUGGUGUGGCUGAAUAAUCCAGACAUGGUGGAGGCGAUAGCGGAUGAGGGGGAGAGAGCUAAUGCCGAUGAAAGAAUUGAGGUGAUAGACUUAUCAGAGGAAGAUGUAGAUGAUGAUGGUGAAAAUGACUGGGUUGGUGUUGACGCAUCCAACAUGUUCACAUGUAAAAUCUGUAGUGCUGCGUUUACCUGUCGCAACAGCUUAAGUCAUCAUACGAACAAGCAUAAAGAUAGAAAAUUUGAGUGUAAUUUAUGCAACGACAGUUUUACAAGGAACGAUAGUCUGAACGCUCACAUAAAGACUGUUCAUAAAGACAAACACUUGACAUCGCCAUAUGGAGAAAGCAGUGAAAAAACUGCGAAAGACGAGGAGAAUACCUGCAAUGGAAAAUAUAUGUACAGACAUCACAAUAAUAAUAGCCAAUCGUCAAACAUGGAUAAUGAUGAUGAACAAUUUGAAACAGAUUGUGAAAGCAGUGACGAUAUGCUAGAAAGAGAGAGCGGAGACGAUCCCGGCGAACUUGUAAAUGCUAUUUACGCUAUUAUAUCGAAGAGUGUCGUUUGA